UGUUCAUUCACGUGAAAAGGCAUAACUUCAUAAGCACAGCAGGCCUCCCCCCCUCGGCGGAAUGGACCGGUCCAGCGGGUAUGACCGAGGGGUUUCCGCGUCGCCUGAAACGCUCGUCAGUGCUCAAGUGAGCAGGACUAUCUGCUGAUUGGUGGAGUGUUUGUCCCGCAGCGGCGCUCCUCGUAACGAUGGCAGACUCACAGGCCGACCGCGAGCUGAUGGAGGAGGACGAGCCCUUCUUCAGUAACCUGGACAUCUUCCUCUUCUCGCUCAUCGCUGGCCUGCUCAUCUAUUGGCUGAUCUUCCGCAAAAAAGCUGAGCCCAUCCCGGACUUCAAAAAACUGGAGUCGACGCCUCAAACAUCCAGAGAAACCAGUUUUAUUGACAAAAUGAAGAAAACGGGCAAGAAUAUCGUGGUGUUUUACGGCUCACAGACGGGCACGGCUGAAGAGUUUGCCAACAGACUCGCAAAAGAUGCUCAUCGCUACGGGAUGAAGGGAAUGGCGGCGGAUCCAGAGGAGUACGACUUGAGCGAGCUCUCCCGUCUGAGCGAGAUCGAGAACUCCAUAGCCAUCUUCUGCAUGGCCACGUACGGAGAGGGAGACCCGACCGAUAACGCUCAGGACUUCUACGACUGGUUACAGGAGGCAGAUGCUGACUUCAGCGGCGUUAAAUAUACGGUGUUUGCGCUGGGAAAUAAGACUUACGAGCACUAUAAUGCCACAGGAAAGUAUGUGGACAAGAGACUGGCUGAGCUGGGAGCACAGAGGAUCUUUGACCUGGGAAUGGGAGACGAUGACGGGAAUCUCGAGGAGGACUUCGUGUCGUGGAGGGAACAGUUCUGGCCGGCUGUGUGCGAACACUUCGGGGUCGAAGCGACGGGAGAGGAAUCCAGCAUCCGUCAGUAUGAGCUGAAGGUACACGGCGAUCUGAACAUGAAUAAGAUCUACUCCGGAGAGCUGGGUCGCCUCAAGAGCUUCGAGAACCAGAAGCCGCCCUUCGAUUCGAAGAACCCCUUCCUGGCUCCGGUCACCAUGAACCGCAAGCUCAAUAAGGCCGGAGACAGACACCUGAUGCACCUGGAGCUGGACAUCACUGGCUCCAAAAUCAGGUAUGAAUCAGGAGACCACGUGGCCGUGUAUCCCAUCAAUGACAGCGUCAUAGUCAGCCGCAUCGGCGAGCUCCUCCAGGUGGACCUGGACACGGUCAUCUCGCUCAACAACCUGGACGAGGAGUCCAAUAAGAAGCAUCCGUUCCCCUGCCCGACCACGUACCGCACCGCGCUGACGCACUACCUGGACGUCACCAAUCCUCCGCGCACAAACGUGCUUUACGAGAUGGCGCAGUACGCCACUGACCCCAAAGAUCAGGAGAACAUGAGGAAGAUGGCCUCGUCCUCGUCUGAGGGCAAAGCGCUGUACCAGAGCUGGGUGCUGGACUCGUGUAGGAACAUCUUGGCGAUUCUGGAGGAUCUUCCGUCUCUGCGGCCGCCCAUCGAUCACCUCUGUGAGCUCCUGCCUCGACUCCAGGCGCGCUACUACUCCAUCGCGUCCUCCUCCAAGGUUCAUCCCAACAGCAUCCACAUCUGUGCUGUAGUGGUGGAGUACGAGACCAAGACGGGUCGGGUCAACAAAGGAGUCGCCACUAAUUGGCUGAAGAACAAGAUGCCAACCGACAACGGACACAAGGCCACGGUGCCCAUGUACAUCCGGAAGUCUCAGUUCCGCCUGCCCUUCAAGUCCAUGAACCCCGUGGUCAUGAUCGGCCCGGGCACCGGCAUCGCCCCCUUCAUGGGCUUCAUUCAGGAGCGCGGCUGGCUCAGAGAGCAAGGCAAGGAUGUUGGAGACACGGUGUUGUACUAUGGCUGCCGUUACAAGAACCAGGACUUCCUGUACCAAGAGGACCUGGAGGAGUUUGAGAAGACUGGGGUUCUGACGGCGCUCAACGUGGCUUUCUCCAGAGACCAGGCAGAGAAGGUGUAUGUGCAGCACCUGCUGAAGAAGAACAAGGAGGCCGUCUGGAGGCUGGUUCACACAGACAACGCUCACAUCUACAUCUGCGGGGACGCGCGUAACAUGGCCCGAGACGUCCAGAACGCCUUCUACGAGAUCGCAGAGGAGCUGGGAGGAAUGAGCCGCGCUCAGGCCGUGGACUACAUCAAGAAGCUCAUGACUAAAGGACGUUACUCGCAGGACGUCUGGAGCUAAGCCAGCUCGCCUGCUUCCCCUUCUGUACAUUCCUGAUGUGUCCGUCACUGGCACGCGCGACCUCGUUCUAAAAUAUCACACCGCGGUAGAGCAAGAAAUCCUGUGUAGAAUCGUGAUCUUAUCCUACUAAUCUAAUACACAUGCAUGAAACUUUAUAAUCAAAGAUAGGCUCAUUUUUAGCAUCCUACAAGCGGAGCUGGAUCAAGCGGUACUUUGUAAGCACGAAGAGACUGGAGCUCUGAAAGUGGUUUUAAACAUGCAAGAAACACGAUUCCUGGAGGAGUGCGAGACGUCUUAAACAUCACGACAUUUCACUCUGAAGAAAAAGCAUCUGAAUGUCUGUGUUUUUCUUAUUACUAUUAUUAUUAUUAUUAUUAUUAUGGCUGAAUGUGAAUGUUAGCUCAUUUCAACUGGAUGACCCUCACAGAUUUCAUUUUUCUUGAAGUUGAACCGUAUUCAUUUCUCAUCAUGUCAUAAUUUCUCGUAAUCUCUAUGUAUAUGCUGAGACUUUUCUGGAAGCUCUAGUGCCUUAUUUACGGUCUUGUUUGCGUUAGCAGAGGACCAGCGCUGCUGCUGAAAAGAGUUUACUAUU